CCCUUGCGCGCUUCCAGAUGUUGUCUUUGAGAGCCGUAAAGCAAUAUGGCGGCUAAUGCAAUGGAAACCGAUGACUUAGGCCAUUUACCUUCAAGUACGCUGCGAAGAUCGAAUUCAGCACCGAAUGUGAGCGCUGCUGUAGUGAGUGAGGCCAUCCCUAUAUUUCAGCCACUGCAGACUGCAAGGCAGCGUCGAUUUUCGACCAGUCAAAUGGCUGUGAACAUUGGAUCUCCUGCGUCAAGAAUAGCACAGAUCAAAAGGGAAGAACUUGAAAGUAUGGACGAGGCAAGUCGGGAAAGACAAAUUGAAAGUGAACUAUCUCUUACAAUUGGAAUGCAUGAUCAUAUGACUUUAAUGGAUCAUGAUAAAAACCAUGAUGCAGAUAUGCAUGAACGACGGAACUCCUUCGAUGACCACAGGCAUCCAUUCCCUUCGCCAUCAUCUUUAUCAUCAUCACCAACAAACAAUCAGAAGGCAAUGAAAGGCAGAAGUCUUACUCCAAGUCCUAUACCAAGUCCUACUAGACCAACAUUUAUGCGCAGAAGUCUCAGUCCUGUUUAUUUUAAGCCAAGUACCUUGACACUGAAAAGAAAAUGGCCAUCAGAAGGCUUUGAGCCUGGAGUCAGUCCGUCAAAGCGUCUCUGUGAUGUUUCACCACUUAACUGUUCCCCAAAUGGCCCAGUUGAAUCAGAGCAUAUAAACUUUGAUGAGGAAAAUAAUAUUCAUGAAGAUCCUGGCAGCUCUUCAGCUUCAGACACUUCAACAUCAUCAUCAACUGCUACACCAAUGCUCUUUGGAGAAAUACCUAGACAACCUUUGCCACUGUACCGUUCAAAAUUCACUCCUCCAAGAUCACCUCUGGCAGGUCCAUCGACAACCCAAAGCCUACCAAGAACACUAGGGAACUCACCUUCUUGUUUCACCUUUUCUCCUGUUCAAGAUUAAUAAGAGCACAAGUCGAGAGGUCUAUUUUUCUAUCCCCAAAAUAAAUGAGCAGACAGUAUUUUAGAGCUUUAUAGUAGUACAUAGAUCCAUUUUCACAAUGGCAAUAGAUAAAUAUGAGAACAAUUGCCAUUUUGUACAUGUAUAAUAAGAUAGUAUAACUAAAUAUAGAGUUAGUUAGUCCUUAUCCUAAGUUGGUAAAAAUUUAUUUGAUAAUCACUCUAAAUAUAUUGCUAGAGUGUUUGGUUUCCAACUGGAAUUAUUUGAUUGAAAUGUAAAUUUAUUUUGAAUUUGUGGAUGUUUUUGCCCUCUUAUCUGUUGAUAAAUUUUGAAUCUUUGUUUUCAACUAACUUAGGGUCUACCAUAUUUUUUCUACCACGAACACCUGUAUCAAGGAAAUUAUAACCAUUACCAAAAAGUUAUGUUGUUUUACAUUUUUGAGUUGAAUAUGUUGUUUUUGGACAUUGGUACCAACUGCUCUCUGAAUUACACGUCCAGUUAAUUCCUCAGUAAAAUUGACAGUACAGAGCAUCUGCAGGGAUCUCAAGAAGUUUUAAAAUAGACAGCGAAAACUACAAUGUAGGUGGCUUCUGGAAGUUUGAUGUUUACUCUGAUGUUGCUAAUUUCAGAGAAAAUAGGCAGCGGUUUUGCAUGACCGCAAAGGUUGUCAUUAAAACUACUGCAGCUGUGCUUUUGGAGUAUAUUAGUUUCAGGUCAUAUAAGUGCUGUAUGUUGGAUUUUGAAUACAUCAGAUCAACCACAAUUUUCAAAAUUUGAUUUGCCUCGUCAUGAGUUGUAGUUGAAGUUUCACAACCAUUUGGUUGCAGGGUUUAAUUUCUGAACAAAGAUUUUCGGUGAGUUGAUCACUUGAAAUUUGAAUGAAUCACUUGUUAAAUGUAAAUGUUCAGUAACUUUCAGUGAUUACAACUUCCUUGGUUUAGUCAGAGUGAAUCAUCUUUCAUUCCUUUACUUGAGACUGAAGAAACAUCCAACAAACACACUUGUCAAAAUCAGCUUCAUGAAAAUUGUGGUUGUUCUUGUAAAAUGUUGUCUACCACAAAACUCCUUGCUUGUUUUGCAUGUAUGAAAGUGAAAGUGAGGGUUUGGUGGUCGUGGUGAACUUGACCUUCCUUGACUGUAAAGUGUCUAAAAAUAAUCAGGGAAGGCGUUGGGAAUGGUCAUCAACUGGGGUAGGGAUGAGAUUACCAGUCACCUUUGCCUAUUUUGUGCUUUUCAAAGACACCUUAGGAAGGUUUAGUUGAAAAAAUAAAUCUUAUGAGAUGCACAUAAAUCUAGAGUGGACUAUAUGUUAUCCAUCUGAUCUUAACCAUUAUCUCUAGCUUUGAAAUGUUUCCCUGUAGAACCAUUUUAAAAAGUCAAACUCCCAAGAUGUUUUCAGUUUGUUGAGGUGAAGAUUUUUUUGGACACUUACUUGUGGUUACUGUGUUGUUGGGUUGUUACAUUUUCAAACUUUUCAUGGAGUUGCAAGUUGGUAAUUUUGAUGAAGCAGAUCUGUUGGAACCCAGUUGUGUAAAUAUGAUGAUGGAUUGUAAAUAUGGGUGGUAAAGAGUUGUGUGGUUUUUGCUUGUUCCAGGUUUUCUUCUACCAAGCAGUUUAUUGAGCAGUAGGCCAGGGUAUUGUAGCUAGAUGUAAGUAAUUUCAGUCAAAAUUGUGUCUUGUCUUGGGCUAUUUUACUCCCAGCAGUGAUGAACAUGUAACAAACUUAAGGGUCAGAGGCUGAUAUUGUGAUGUUACACCAAUUAAUAAUUUUUGCUAACAGUUGAAAGGAAAUUUGUAGAAUGUGUAGGAGAGAAUUGCAAAUAGGCUCUUGGGAAUGAAAGGGUAAAAAAUGCUCUGGUAAUAAACCUCUUGACUGAGGAGGGCUGGAUGGGAAAUUGUUUUCUGAAGAACAUGAUGUAUGGACCAAGAACAAAUAUUUCCCCCUCAACCUAACAUACAUCAGCCCAUAAGUAUUUCAUUGUAUGAUUGGGGCUGAAUGUUUUCUCCCAUAUUUGUUUCAGCUACCUUCUUGCAGGGUCAUAAGACUUUUUUUAGUCCUGCUUGUGAUAUUACAUACCAUAUGUUCUCAUACAGGGACUUUGCAAUAAUGUUUUUUUAAUAAAGUGUACACAGGGCUGGAUAAGUCUUAUGAUUAAUUUACCCCAUACAUUAUACGUUCAUUUUCAGCCAGCAUUUUCAUUCUUUUGUUAAGUAUGGAUAACAUUCUAAACGUUUGCAAGAUCAUUUAGUCAUCAUUACUUUUCAGUACCAAAUUUACUGUCAUGGUAAUGUAAUAUUUAUAGUAUACAUGUAUGUCGCAAUAUAUAUGUAGCACCAGUUUUUAUGGUUAAUUUUUUAUGGCUAAACAUUCUACAUGUAACUGCAACAGUUAAAAAAGAAAAUUUAAAUGUGUAAGGCUGAUAUCUUUAACUACCAAUACUUUAAAUUUUAAAAUUGUAAAUAGCUCUCAGAAUAUUCAUCUACUUCAAGUAAACUGACUUCAUUCAUAGAAUAAACAC